AUGAUCGAGUCCGUCGUGCUGCUUGCUAGCAGCCUGGUCUUGGUGCUUGCCUUGGCCCUGACCAGUCCAGCCUUGGCCUCUCCCAUCUCAUCUCAGCCAUUCGCAGACCUUCUCGCCCAGCGGCAAGAUGUUGCCGCCAACGACGACCCCCUCACCGUUGACCUCGGCUACUCCAAGUACAGGGGUACUUUCAACGCGACCACAAGCAUCACCUCAUGGAAGGGGAUCCGCUUCACCGCUCCUCCCACCGGCGCUCUUCGAUGGCAAGCUCCACAGCCUCCUCUGCUCAACCGUAGCAACGUCAUCGACGCUAGCCAAUACGGCUCCCAAUGCCCUCAAAACCCUUUUGGCAAUCCUCAGUUCCAGACAAGCUCGCAGUAUGAAGGCGACAACGAGGACUGUCUCUUCAUCAACGUCUUUGCUCCUCAGAAUGCCAGUGGUUUGCCCGUCAUGUUUUGGAUCCACGGCGGCGGAUACGGAGCUGGCAACGGCCAGUACGACUUUACUUCGCUCAUCAACGCUAACAGCAACGACUUUGUCGGCGUCUCUAUUCAGUACCGUCUCGGCGCCUUUGGCUUCCUUGCUUCCGACGAGGUCAGCCGCAAUGGCGUCGUCAACGCCGGGAUCCUGGAUCAGCACUUCGCCCUGCAGUGGGUCCAGGCCUACAUCUCUCAAUUCGGCGGUGAUCCGCGCAAAGUCACCAUCGCAGGUGAGUCUGCCGGCGGUGGUUCGGUCAUGAUCCAUUCGCUCGCUCAGGGCGGUUCGCUCGGCACUUCCCUCUUCAAGAACGUCAUCGCCGCCAGCCCCUACCUCCCCCUCCAAUUCGGCUAUAAGGACUUCGAGCCUUCGCAGUCGUACUACGCCUUUGCAGCCCAGUCUGGCUGCUUCAACGGCACCGCUUACGGCAACACUGACCAAAGCAUCUUCCAGUGUCUGGUCGAACAAGAUGCUCAGACCCUCCAACAGGCCAGCGUCAAGGUGGCCGCAAGCAGCUUCUACGGUACUUGGCCCUUCCUCCCCGUCACUGAUGGCAACUACAUUCAGAGUGUGCCCUCGCAGCAGCUUAAUCAGAGAAAAGUCAACGGAGAGCGUCUGCUAGUCGGCAACAACGGUGCCGAAGGAGGUCUUUUUGUCAUGCGAAACAUCGACACCGAGGAGAAGCUCAAGACGUGGUUAUCCACCCUGUUGCCACUCAUGAAGCCGGAAGACAUCGAAAAGCUGUUGCUCCAGUACCCCGUCGACACAAACGUCGCGAUCGACUAUGCCACCAACGGCGUCGAGAUGCCAGAUUCCAAUAGUGUCUCGUCCGUUGCACACGGUCAGCAGGCCAGAGCAGAUAACAUCUACGGAGAGCUUACGUUCGUCUGCCCGAGCUACUGGAUGUCAGAAGCCUACUCAGGAACCGGUCGCUCCUCUUACCGUUACCAAUACAGCGUCAUUCCCGCGCUCCACGGCAACGACGUCGUUGGCUACUUUGGCCCAGGCACCAACGUCACCUCCCCGGCCUUUGUCAAGGCCUUCAUGAACAUCUACGGCAACUUUGUCACUCGCGACAACCCAUCCAUCUCGGCUUCUCUUGCCUAUGGUCCCACCGUUAACUCGUCGUCAUUGUCGUCCCAGCCAAACGCAGCCGAGAAUUGGCCCAAGUAUUCGUCCACUUCGCCGUAUCAGAUCAACCUCAACCAGACUGGUGGCACCCCAAGUAUCAUGCAGGACCUGGGCGCCGACGUGACCAUCUUGACCGGCCCCAGUCUGAAAAACAACUUCACCAGGGCCAAUGCUUACACAUGGGAAGGCGGUCGAGGUAGGCGUUGCGAUUACUGGAGAUCUAUCUCGAACUUGUUGCCCAACUGA